CACUCCCUCACCCCCCUUCCCCCAACGGUCCAACACACCCUCCUCACACGUUUUCUCUUCAGAGCUUUUUGGUUUUGCCCUCAAACAAACCCUAGCCAUCUAACCUCCACCACCGACGCAGGGAGUGAGCACUACCGCCGUCCGUCGCGCUGUCGUCGUGCUCCUGGUCUCCAACCCCUGUUCAUUCUCACAGUCUCGCCAAUUGCAGCUUCUUCGUUGAGAUCGACAUUCGCGUCUGGUUUUCGUCUUCUCAGCCGCGCUUCUGCCGUCGUCAGUCGUCGUGUCCGUCGCCUGAUCGCCAUUGUCUAUCGCUCUCAACAGAUCUUCCUCACACUCUGCCCAAACUGCUCAGAUCGAAGGUAAUGGCUUCUCUGCUCACUCCUUCACGCCGCGCGCCUCCUCCACGUCACCGGAGCCCUUGGUCCUGAGAGUCUCUGUUCGAUUGUUACGGCGGAGGGCCAUAUACCAACGUCGCCGAUGGCGGGAUUCUAAAGUGGGAAGGAGAUGAAGUUGGUUGGACUUAAUUUGCUGUCACCUCUUCCAAUAGUGAACCAGUGACUAGAACGGUUCGACGACCGGUCCGGUUUUCAGAACCUAUUUUCUUCCCCCUUUAAAUUAAGCACAAAUUUUCAUUCUUCUUCGUUCAAUUCUAUUCUUUAUAAAAUAAAUACUAGAAUAAACAAGUAAACGGCCAAACGGGAGCACAACAACGAUCAACAGUCAAAUUUCAAGGGACCAUCAAUGGUCUCUGGAAAAAGUGGUCCAGCUUAAAACCAACCCCUAGCUCCAUAGCAUUCAUUCUCUUGAGGAAUUUUGCUUCGGUGGAUCCAGAUCCUAACCACAGCAACAAACCCAUUGCGAUUCCCACCACCACCUGCACCGUCACCUUCACUCUUCAACAACGAACCCCCAACCCAACCUCACUCCGGAUCCCCCAACUGGUUACUCGAAGCUCCAAAAUAAUGGAGCAUCAGUCUCAUAGCCCAGAGGAAACGACGUCGUCUUCUCCGAUGGCAGCGCUGCUCCCCUUGGCCUCCGACUCACAACAACCUUACGUCUCCGAACUCCUCUCCUUCACCCUCGAUCGCCUCCACAAGGAACCGGAGCUGCUUAGCGUUGAUGCGGAGCGGAUCCGGCGGCAAAUGCAGGAGGUAGCCGUAACGAAUUACCGGUCGUUCAUUUCCGCCGCGGAUGCAUUGAGAGUGAUUCGUGAGGAAGUCACCUUUAUUGACAAGCAUCUUGAAGCCAUGAUAAAUGAAGUCCCAAAGCUGACAUCUGGAUGCACUGAGUUCAUAGAAUCUGCAGAACAGAUUCUGGAAAAGAGGAAGAUGAACCAAACAAUGCUAGCUAAUCAUAGCACUUUGUUAGACUUGCUAGAAAUUCCCCAACUUAUGGACACUUGUGUACGAAAUGGAAAUUAUGAUGAGGCCCUAGAUUUGGAAGCAUUUGUUGGUAAACUUUCAACCAUGCAUCCCAAGUUGCCAGUUAUUCAAGCAUUAGCUACGGAAGUUAGGUUAACUACCCAAUCACUACUUUCUCAGCUUCUUCAGAAACUUCGCUCAAAUAUUCAGUUACCUGAAUGCCUCCGCAUUAUUGGAUAUUUACGGCGAAUAGGAGUAUUUAGUGAGUAUGGAAUGCGCUUGCUGUUCUUAAGAUGCCGUGAAGCUUGGCUUACUGGUAUACUUGAGGAUCUGGACCAGAGCAAUCCAUAUGAGUACCUAAAAGGGAUGAUUAACUGUCACAGAAUGCAUCUUUUUGACGUUGUUAAUCAAUAUCGAGCAAUAUUUGCUGAUGAUACUUCAGGAAGUGAGGAAAAUUAUGAUGGUGGGCUUCUUUUUAGUUGGUCAAUGCAUCAAAUUACAUCACAUCUUCAAACUUUGAAAGUUAUGCUUCCAAAAAUAACUGAAGGUGGAUAUCUCUCAAAUAUUUUGGAUCAGUGCAUGUACUGUGCUAUGGGACUUGGAUGGGUUGGACUAGAUUUUCGAGGCUUGCUUCCAUCACUCUUUGAAGAGGCUGUUCUUAACUUAUUCUCAAAGAAUAUGAGUACCGCAGUAGAGAACUUUCAAUUGGUCUUGGAUUCGCAUCGGUGGGUUCCACUCCCAGCUGUUGGCUUCCCUGCGAAUACUGUUGGUGAAGAAAGUCAGGAGGAUGUCACUCCACCAUCUUAUUUGAUGGAGCAUCCACCUCUUGCUGUUUUUAUUAAUGGUGUAUCUGCAGCAAUGAAUGAGCUGCGUCCAUGUGCCCCAAUAAGUCUAAAACAUGUCCUUGCCCAAGAAUUGAUCAAGGGAUUACGAGCUGUUUCUGAUUCACUGUUGCUGUACAAUACAACUCGAGUGCUCAGAGCGAACGAAUCAGGACUUUUCCUCUCACUCUGCCGGGCAUUUAUUGAGGUUGCUUAUCCUCAUUCUGCAACAUCUUUUGGACGAUGUUACCCCGGUGGAGCAACAAUUAUUAUGGAUGCUAAGAACUUGUAUGACGGAAUCAGCCGCCUAUUAGAGACUUCCUCUGCUGCAAGAGAGCUCCCAAAACCAGUGAACAAUGGCAAAGCAAAGGGUGCAGAUGAGAAUGGCGAUGUUCCGGCAGCAGCAGAGAACGGAGAAACCACUACCGCCAAAGAAUCCGAAGCCAUCAAUGCUGAUGAGGUGGUGGUGGACAAAGUCCCUAUUCCAGAGCCAGAACAACAACACACCAAUACUGAAAAGCCCAUGAAUGAUAGUGUGACAUCUUAGUGAUGGAUAUAAAUGGAUAUAAAUGUAUUUCUGUUCUUCCCUUGUCUGCAUUUUAUUAUUCUUUUGUAUCUUCAAGAAAGGAUGUCGCUAGGUAUUUAAGAGAUUGAUGAGAAUUAAAAUUAAAUUACGAUUCAAUUGGAUUGAUUUAAAUUUGAAAAAUAAAAAUAACUGUUUGCCAA